UGUGAUCUCUCCAUCCCACGAACAAGUGAUACCUCUGGCAGCCAUCACUUGACCUCGACUCAUCGCUCUCUCUCUCGACAACUCUCACUCGCUCGACAUCGACAUUGACAUUGUAUCAACUCCUUCUGCCCUCAUUCUUCUUCUUCUUCUUCAUCCACACGACAAUGCAACGCAAGGCUCUCAAGCAGCUCAACAAGGUCACACAAUGGACCAACGAGAAGGUCUUCUCAGGCGAGAAGACAGAGUUCUCCGAAGACUUUGCCGAAUUCGAGGCCGAGAUCGAGCCUCUCAAGAUUGGCGUUGAGCGCCUGCAUGCCACGUCCCAGGCAUUCUAUGACUACAUGUCCAAGCUCAAGCCGAGUGCGGACCCCCACCCGCCCGCUGGCUCUGGAAAGGACAAGAUGCGGGUGUCCGAGGCGCUCGGCCUUGUCAUGAUUGACUAUGGGAAUGACGCGGGCGGCACCUAUGGUGACGCACUAGUGCAGUAUGGACGUGCGCGAGUCAAGAUUGCAGGCGUGCAGGACGAGUUCAGCCAACGGCUGCAGGAGGGCUUUAUCGCGAACACUGAGGCGUCCCUGGAAGGCGUAAAUGAGUACAAGGCAUAUCGCAGGAAGAUGGAUUCACGGCGAUUGACUCUGGAUUCAGCCUUGGCUAGGAUGCGUGCGAGCAAGAAAGAGAACCCGGCGCUGGAGCAGGAGGUCGAGGCAGCUCAGCAGCGACUGGAAGAGGCGGAGGAGGACACUGCUCUGCAGAUGCAGAAUAUCAAGAACCAGGAGGCGGAGCAGUUUGCUGCACUCGCCGAUUGGCUCGACGCCGAGUUGGAGUACUUUGCUUCUUGCAAGGACAUUCUGGACGACCUUCGAGCGUCGUUCCCAUCCAGCUAUGCGCCGUCCGGGUCGCGGCCGAGAGCCAAGUCGAAUGCGUCUGCGCGUUCCGCAGGCAAGACACCCACCCGCGCAACCUACGCGAAGCGAACCGAUUCAGACGAGGACCUGGAGGUGUACUCGCCCUCGAAGAAGAGAGACACCAAGGUGCCGGAGGGACGGGCACGCAGCAAGUCUCAAUCGCAAGUUGAAGGGCGGGCGCGGUCAGACUCCAAGUCACAGCCCCCAGCGGAAGGAAGAGAAAGGAGCGACAGUACGGCAUCGGCGGGUGCGGGCAAGCCUAAGAAAAGCAUCAUGGCAACCAUCGGGUCGUUUGGGAUGAAGAGCGCGAGCUCGGCGGGCAAGAGUGCCUCGAAGGCUGCCAACAAGAGCAAGAGCGCGUUUGGUAGAGUCAAGUAUGGCAACUUGAGCGACGAGGAGCGCGAGCGUGUCGCCCUCGACAGCGACGACGACCCUUACAAGCGCGACAGCCCGUCUCCGCAGCUGAACCGCGCGCGGUCACAGAGCGUCUCGAGUGUGGUAUCUGGCCUUGGAGCGCUAGCUCCACCCGACACGCGGCGGCGCGCUCUCACCUCCCCUCCCUCGCCAGCGGGUCGCUGGGUGCGCGUCCUCUUUGACUACGAGGGCCGCGAGGCGGAUGAACUGCCUCUCCGCCGCGGCCAACUUGUGGAAGUCACCGCCGAGGUGCCUGGGAGCACAGACUGGCUGAUCGGCGAAGUGUCUGGCCGAUCUGGCAUGUUCCCGAAGGCCUACACGGAGGAGGUGGACAAGCCGGUUGUUCCUCAGCGUCCUGCGCUGCCGAAAGCGCGCUCCAUGCCACCGCGCGAGUUUAGACGCUCGGUGCAGCCCGUGGCAAACAGCCCGCGGAGCACGCUAAACAGCACGCUCGACUCGGGCAGCGAACACGGCGAGGUGGACGACGGCGCGGCGCUCGUCUCAGCCUCUCCCGCCCCAGCCGGGCGGUCGCGCGCAGGCAGCACGGCACGCAAGCCGCCGCCGCCGCCACCAAGCCGGCGCAUGACGAGCACUGGCGGGCGGUCGCGCUCGUCGACGCUGAGCAAGACGCCGCUUGCGAGCGACGAGGACCGGAGCUCAGGGCGGUCGGGGCAGAUGUCGCCGGCGCGGCGGGCCGUGCCGGUGCGCAGCCCGUUCGAGCACAGCGACGACGACGACGCGGCGCCGCUGUCGCACGGGUUGGGCGCGAUGCACCUCCGUGCAGGCGCGAGCGCGAACGGGCGUGCAACGCGCGACUGCGGUGUAUGUGGGUGUGCGGACUUUACGCAGAACGUGUUCAAGACCAAUGGGGUGUGUGCGACGUGUUUCCACACGCACUAGGUGGGGCUUGGGGGAUCAGCUGGCGAGAACCAGUAUAGCCAUAGCAUAGCUAGCAUAGACAUGUACGGAUUCUGACG